AUGGAUAUAAAACAAGAACUUGUUGAUAUUCAAGAAGACGGUUUUGAAAUCAAGCCAGAUCUGGUUAAUGUUGAUGAACUUAAACAAGAACUGAUUGGAUACGAAGUGCCUAAAACUGAAAAGUUUUCUGAUUAUUUGCAACCAAAAAUUGACCAUGAUUUGGUGCUCGAACACUUACAAGUAUGCCCUACAAUCAUUGUUAAACAAGAGCUUGACAACAUUAGUGAAGAAUGUGGUCAGUCUCAAUUUAAAAAUGAACUUUUGACUACAGAUUGUGAUUUACCAACUUUGAAAAUUGAGAGUACUGAGUUUACGGAUUGUUUGAUAGAGCCUUGUGAGCAGAAGCAAGGUGAAAAUAUAUCAAAUCCCUUUAAAAAUAUCUUGAAUGUUUCAAAAAGGAGGAAGCAGUACCCUUGUCCUGUCUGUCGAACAUAUUUCUCUUCUUCCGGAUCAAGGUCGAACCAUCUUGAUGGACAUUUUCGAAAAUACUUCGUAGUUUGUAUGUAUUGUGGAAAAUUAAUAACAAAAAAUGUAAUUUUCCGCCAUUAUUUUGUUCAUCGAGUGAAAAAUAAAAAUAGAAAAAAAACUCAGACAAUCAAUGAAGAAAAUGUAAUUGACACUAACGAGAAAUCAUUUAAGUGCGAUAUUUGUUUAAAAGGAUUUAAUCGAAAAUCCAACUUACAACGCCAUUUAAUAAUUCACAGAACUGGAAAACCAUUUAUUAGUUCCAUAAAAUAUGAAGUAAAAUCAAAGUUACAGAGACAAUUAAUAAUUCACUAUAAUCAAAAAUCGUUCAAAUGCGACAUUUGUUUCAAAGAAUUUAUUAGGGAAAGUAACUUACAGAAACAUUUAGUAACACACACUAAUGAAGAGCCAUUUAAAUGUGACGUGUGCUCUAAAGAAUUUCAACGGAACUCUAUCUUGCAGCGACAUUUACUAAUUCAUUCUAAUGAAAAACCAUUUAGAUGUGAUAUUUGUUUCAAAGAAUUUAAUCAGAAAUCUUACUUACAACAACAUUUACUAAUUCAUACUAAUACAAAACCUUACCAAUGUGACAUUUGUUGCAAACAAUUUAAUCAGAAAUCUUACUUACAAAAACAUAUUUUAAUUACUCACACUAAUGAAAAACGGUUCAAAUGUGACGUUUGUUCUAAAGAAUUUAAACGGAACUCGAUCUUACAAUUACAUUUACCAACUCAUUCUAAUGAAAAACCAUUUAAAUGUGACAUUUGUUUCAAAGAAUUUAAACGAAAAUGUUCUCUAUUGACUCAUUCAUUGAUUCAUUCUACACAAAAACCAUUCCAGUGUGAUAUUUGUUCCAAAGAAUUUAAACGAAAGUCUGAUUUACAGACACACUUAAAAAUUCACACUGAAGAAAAACAAUUCAAAUGUGACAUUUGUUCUAAAGAAUUUAAUCGAAAAACUCACUUGAAGAGGCAUUUAUUAAUUCAUGGUGGUGAGAAACCAUUUAAAUGUGACAUAUGUUCCAAAGGAUUUACUGAGAAAUGUCGGUUGCAGACUCAUUUGGUCACUCACACCGAUGAAAAACCAUUUAAAUGUAACAUUUGUUAUAAUGGAUUUAUUCAUAAAUUUAGCUUACAGCAACAUAUGAUUAUUCACAGUGGUCAAAAAUCAUUCAAGUGUGAAAUUUGUUCCAAAAAAUUUACUCUUAAAUCUCACUUACAGCUUCAUUUAAUAAGUCACAGUGCUGAGCAUCCAUUUAAGUGUGACAUUUGUUGUAAAGAAUUUAAACGAAAAUUUAAUUUACAACAACAUUUAUUAAUUCAUUCUAAAUAA